AUGGCUCAGUCAACAGUUUGUCAUGUAAGGUUACUCCUACUGUUUAUGUUGGUUGCGGCUAUUGGUGCAGCAACUCCACCAGGAAUUGCUAAAAAUCCUAGCCAAGCAACUUGUAAAGACCCGUCAUACAAAGAAUGCCACAAUUUAGUGCAUGUUUGCCCUAAGUUUUGCCCUGAUAGUUGCACCGUUAAUUGUCAAUCGUGCAAACCUGUUUGUAAUGCAUACCCACCUAUUCAUGUAGAUCCAUAUCCACCACCACCUCCUCCAGAACCACAACCUCCCGCACCUCUAACACCACCGUCACCAACUCCUCCCACACCCUCCCCUCUCCCUUCCCCACCGACACCAACACCUUCUGCUCCACCUCCAACCACCCCACCACCACCUCCCCCAACCCCAUCUCCACCCACCCCAUACACUCCUCCCAUCGCACCUUCUAAAGCUAGGUGCAAAAACAGAAACUAUCCCCAGUGUUACGGCUAUGAGCAUGUAUGUCCUGCUUCUUGUCCGGAUGAAUGUGAAGUGGAUUGUGUCUCCUGCAAGCCAGUUUGCAAUUGUGAUAUGCCUGGAGCAGUGUGCCAAGAUCCUCGUUUUAUUGGUGCCGAUGGCAUCACUUUCUACUUCCAUGGUAAAAAGGACAAAGAUUUUUGCCUUGUUGCUGAUAACAACCUCCAUAUCAACGGUCACUUCAUUGGCAAGAGGAACACAAACAUGGGUAGGGACUUCACUUGGGUGCAAUCCAUUGGGGUUCUCUUCGGCAACAACAAACUACAAAUCAGUGCUCAAAAGACUUCCACUUGGGACGACUCCAUCGACCGUGUAUCCAUUGCAUUCAAUGGGGAAAGCAUCCUUCUUCCAGAAACCGAAGGCUCCAAAUGGAAAUCUUCUACUACUUCCAUCACUAGGAUUAGUGACACCAACAAUGUCGUAGUUGAAGUUGAAAACCUCUUCAAGAUCACUGCCAAAGUGGUUCCAAUAACAAAAGAAGAAUCGAGAAUCCAUAACUAUGAUAUAACCGAUGAUGAUUGCUUUGCUCAUCUUGAUCUCAAGUUCAAGUUUUUCUCUUUGAGUAACGAAGUGGACGGGGUUUUGGGACAGACUUACAAGAGCGACUAUGUGAGCCAGGUGAAAAUGGGGGUGCUAAUGCCGGUUAUGGGAGGAGACAGGAAAUUCAGAAGUGGAAGUUUAUUUGCAGCUGAUUGUUCUGUGGCUAAGUUUAAUGGAAACAAUGAAGAAGGUUCAGUUUUGAAAAUGCAAUUGCCAAGUUUGAGCUGCCAAAGCGGUUUGAAUGGCCGAGGUGUCAUUUGCAAGAGAUAGAUUGCUCAUCCUCUUGUUACCCUGGACUAUAUAUACUUAUAUUA